AUGUCCGCCAUCCUCUCCGCCGACGACCUGAAUGACUUCAUCAACCCGGGCGUCGCGUGUAUCAAGCCCGUCGAGACGCUGCCGAAGCAACAGCCACCACCACCACCACCACCACCGGGCGACGAGGCCAACAACCCGUAUGAAGUCACCACGGAGGAGAAAGUGAAUGCGAAUACCGUGGCGCCGCCGGCGCAGAUUUCCUUGACGGAUUGUCUCGCGUGUUCCGGGUGUGUGACGAGUGCCGAGGCCGUGCUGGUCAGCCUACAGAGCCAUGGAGAGGUUUUGGAUACCCUGGAUAAGUUCAAAGAGCUGAGGGUGCCUGGCGUCAAGGAGGGUGGUGCACAAUGCGGUGGUGACAAGAAUGAUGGCGCGGAGAAGAAGCUCUUCGUCGCGAGUGUUUCGCCACAAUCGAGAGCGAGUAUCGCGGCUACGUACAAGGUCUCUGAGCGUGAGGCGGGAUACAUGAUCAGCCAGCUUCUAAGUGGGCCUCAUGGACUACGAAGUGGUGGCAACAAUGGUUCUGGGUUUGCCUGGGUUGUGGAUACGAAUGCUAUGAGGGAGACAAGCUUGGCAGCGGCCGCAGAGGAAAUUGAGCAAUCGAAUCUGGCUCCGGUGGAGGGGAGGGAGGAACCACAGAAGAGGCCCGUCAUCACUUCCGCGUGUCCGGGCUGGAUCUGCUAUGCUGAGAAGACUCAUCCCCACAUACUGCCCCAUCUUAGCAAGCUCAAAUCCCCCCAGGCCUUGACGGGCAUCCUGUUGAAAUCCAUAUUGGCGAAGAAAUUCGACGUUGCUCCGGAGAACGUAUGGCACCUCGCGGUCAUGCCUUGCUUUGACAAGAAAUUGGAGGCAUCACGCGGCGAGCUCACUUCUCAUACCUGGCAUGGACAGCAAGACGACGCAGUGAGAGAUGUCGACUGUGUCAUUACGGCACGCGAAUUGCUUAUGCUGGCUGAAAGCCGAGAUAUUAGUUUCCCUGGUCUCCCGAGGUAUCCUUUAUCACCGGAUUACGCACCUCCUUUUCCGGACCCAGCGGUCAAUGACUACCUUUUCGGCAUGCAGCGGGGACAGAAACGCAAAAGGGAGGAAGCAAACAGUGUCGGGACUAGCGGAGGGUACUUGUGGUAUAUCCUGCAGACCAAGCAAGCUCAGAACGCUGGAUCGCAGAUCAAAGCUCACCGAGGGAGGAACAACGACGUUUCGGAAUACGCAGUGGUGGAUGCAGAGGGUCAAACGCUUUUCAAGGCAGCCCGUUACUAUGGCUUCCGAAAUAUUCAAAACCUUGUGCGACGCCUCAAGCCGCCGAAAGCCAGUCGUAUGCCUGGAGCUUCGCGCAAGCCAGGCGUGGCUCGGAGACCGAAUGCUGCGGCUGCUGGCGGCAGUGAAAGCGACUAUGCGUACGUCGAAGUCAUGGCUUGCCCAGGAGGGUGCACGAAUGGCGGAGGACAGAUCAAAGUCGGAGACGUCGCGACGCUCCGACAAGUAGGAGGUACGGGCAUCGAGAAUGGAGGUGAUCAGGAGAUGCUUCCGGCGCAGAGGGAAUGGCUGGCGCAGGUGGAUGAGGCAUAUUGGAGUGCUGGGUCUGAUGACCUGGCGGACACGGAUGGCGAUAUCGAUAUGGAAGGCUCGCCUGCGCGCGAUUCAGUGAUUUCCGGUGCUGGAGACGCGAGCUCAGAAAUCAUUGAUGGGGUCGACCGGAGGCUUGUGAAGCGAUUCUUGGAGCAUUGGUCGAGUAGUACGGGUGUCAAGCUCGAGGUGCUUCUCAAUACGACGUACCGCGUCGUCGAGAGCGAUGUCGGAAAGGAGGGCGGCGGUGGGGAGAUGGAUCGAGUCAACGCUCUGGCUCAUGCUGCAGGAGGAGGCUGGUAG